AGUAGCCAACAAUUGCCUGAAUUUGCCGGCACGUCUGUAGAACGAAUUGGUUUAUCAAAACAAUAAAUAAGACUUGGCCACAGGAACAGGAAGCGAGGAGAUUCUCUUAGCGCCCGACUAGAAAGAAGCUACAAUUACGUCUUACCGAUGCCUGUACUAUUUAGCGCCGCUACGCUUAAGGACACGUAUCCACUCCCAAAUACACGGGAGAGCGUUUGGGCGGUCUGGCGCAGCUUGAGGCCCUCGAGGUCCCCAGAUGAGCUUCCGAGAAUGCCUGAUGUAAAUCGACUAUCGCCUGUUGGAAAAUGGCGACGCGGCGCAGGCAGGAUCAAGGGCAGCUAGGCCAUUAGCUACUGCAUGCUAAAGUGCUCAAGAACAGGACUCCCGUUUUUGUUUUCACUACAUGUUUUUGCGACCGAAACGUCGACUUUGCCGAGACCGCUAAAUAUGUUCGUUUGUCCGGCAACCUUUAAACAGACUUGGGCUUUACUGUAUAAUGUUUGACCAACAUUAUCUGUAAAUGGUGUAUGAGGUUAAUGCUAACCAAGUCUUAAAGACAAGGAAAUCAAGCCACGUUUGUUGUUAAACCCCCACCAGGCUUUCUAUAAUUCAUUUGUGACCUUCUUAUUGCCUGAUUUGUGAAAAUAUCUCAGAGAUUCGGAAAUUAUUAACAUUUGCAGUGAAGCUCAUGCUCAAUAUCUAUCGCUGUGCUUAAAUUACCAGUGAACUACGGUGACAAACAUGCAACCCAGUAGUCUUCAAACGUUUACACCAAGUACCACCGAGAAAGCAAAUCCUUGGUUCUCUAAGUACCACCUUCAUGAUCAACAUUCAACUGUAGUAGAGUGGUUGGCCAAAGUCUUCAACCAAACCACUCAGUAGUGAUGGAGUCUGAGGAGAAUGAGGUGGAAAGCAGUAGUGAUGCAGGCCCCGCUGGCAUGGAGGAGCCGUCGGAAAGCGGGAUGGGCAUGGAGUCGUCGGAGGCCAUGUCGGCUGACAGCAGCGACGCUGCUUCCUCUCACGCUCAACCACCCGAGUCGGACUGUCAUGUGGGACAGAGCUCCGAGGGACUUGUGGUCUUCAUCCCGGAGACAAGCUCCAGCACGGACGUCCGAGUGUCCUCCGUUCACCUCCCAGACUCUUCUUCGGUUGCCCAGUCCACCAGCGUUUCCAGUGUGUCCACCGUGACUCAGUCGGUGCUGGUGUCCGAGUCGGCCCAAGUGCUUGUUCAUUCCAGCGCCGCCGCGUCUGAAGGAGCCAUGAUGGUGUCCGACUCCACUGCCUCUACCUCAUCUGACCUGGGCUCAGCCAUUGACAAGAUCAUCGAGUCCACCAUUGGCCCUGACAUCUUGAAUGGGUGCAUAGCCGUAACCAGUGCAGAAGACAGAGAUGCAGAACCAACGCAAUAUCUCAUACUACAAGGUGCUCCGAUGGUAGCCCACAUGUCUUCCUCGGUCUUGUCUGGUCGAAUAGCCACCGAGGCACUCUCCGAGGGUCCCACGUCCACCUGUCUGGACCAGGGAGACAUGCAGAGGAGCCCGGAGCCCGACCAGCCCGACGACCAGCCGGGACACUCUGGCUACCCAGAAGACAGCAGCAGUCAUCCUGAUCAGCCCCAACACUCUCACCCAUCCCAGUACCUGGACUGCGGUGCAGAUGGCCCAGACCAAACAGGGGAGUCCUCCCCUUCCUACGCAGAGUGUUCUGAAGAACCCGACCAGACGCGCUCCCAGUCGGGCUUCCCCGACUACAGUGGCGACAACAGUGACCAAGACCUGCCCGGAUACGUUGAAUGCAGCAGGGCGGAUUCAAACCCCACCAGCCGGGGCAACUACGUGGUGGAGUGCAGUGCCCGCUAUUUGUGCGCUGUGGACGACGGAGAGCGGCCGCAUCACUCGCGCGCCUACAUCGACAGCAGCGCGGAUCACAGGACGCAGAUGAGCCGGCAGUACACCGCCGCUGCCGAUUCUGAGCAACCCGAGUGUUCCCGUUACCGGGCACGUGAUGAUGACGACGACGAGCGGACUCAAGAUCCCGAUCAGCCACAGCAGCAACCCCAGCAUUCCUGUUAUACGGAGAACAGCAAUGGCCCCGACGCCUCCCUCUAUACUGAGGACAGCUCCUCGUCAGACCACCCUGUGGCAGACACGGCAGAUUCAGGGGGGGUCCCAGAGGUGGCGGAGUGCAGCCAGAGCCAGCUGAGUCUCUACAUCAGCAGCAGCGGCACCUACACGGCCAACUACAAGCCAGAUGUUGCGCCGCAGUGCUCAGCCAGCCGGGACGACCCUCGGCAGGUGGAAGCCGCCCUGGGCCAGCGAGCGAACGCGACGGCCGUGGCCGAAGGCUCCGGAGACCGGCCGCCCAACCUGGCUGAGCUGGAGGAGAUGAUGGAAGUUGUGAUUGUACAGCAGUACAAGUGCAAAAUGUGUCCGUACAAGAGCGUCUCCAAAGACACGCUGAUUAACCACAUGCGGGAAAAACACUUCAAACCUUCAGGGGGUUUGCAAACAAAGCGCAAACGUGGCCGGCCUCCCAAAAGCGCCACGGCGGCUUCUCAGCAGACAGACCAAGGGAAGAAGGAAGAGGUGGCGGCGGAGAGGAGAGCAAUGCAGGCGAAGGUAUCCGCAUCUCAUCAAGCUCAAGAGGAUGACGACCAGGAAGACCAGAUUCCAGACGCUGGUGCGAUUGAUGAUUCUGAAGAGGACAGCAACUAUAACCCAGCUGAAGAGGACUGCCACGGAAGACUACCUGCCAUUUUGAAAAAACACACUCCUCCGAUCUCUUCCUCCUCUCAAGGUCGUCCUCAGCGUAAAGUUGGCCGUCCAAGGAAAUACAACAUCCUGGAAGAAGAUGAUGACAGCCAAGAGGCAGAGAGUUUAGCGAAAAAACCAAGAGUGAAUUCCGACGCCAACGCGCCAGACCAGGCGAGCUCCUCAGGCUUGGACAACGACGGCGGCGCUCUGGCGGCCGACAGGGACGAAGAGGUGGAGGUGGUGGUGAGCCAGUCGGACUCUGAGAACAAAGACCCCUCGUCCAACUCUCAGCAGGAAGAGUUCUUUCAGAGGAAACGAGGACGCCCCUCAAAGUGCUUUCUCCGCAAGAAAUACAAGAAGCAUUUGAGUCGCAAUCGGUACUACAAAUCCCUCAAGCCGCUCCUGAGACCUCACAGCUGCUGGAUCUGCGGCUCGCGCUUCCUUACGCAGGAAGAUCUGCGCUUCCACGUGGACUCCCACGAGGGCAACGAGCCAGAGCGCUUUAAAUGCCUCCAGUGCAACUACCGCUGCAAGCGCUGGUCCUCGCUCAAGGAACACAUGUUCAACCACGAGGGUUCGAAGCCGUUCAAGUGUGAGAAGUGCGAGUACUCCAGUGUUUACCGGAAAGAUGUCAUUCGUCACGCCGCGGUUCACGACAAAGAGAAGAAAAAAAAGACAGAUGUGGCGGUGGUGACGGUAACAGAGUUCCCGUGUCCAAUGUGUCACAAAGUUUACCCCAUGCAGAAGAGGCUGACUCAGCACAUGAAGACCCACAGCGCAGAGAAGCCUCACAUGUGUGAUAAGUGUGGCAAAUCCUUCAAGAAGCGUUACACAUUCAAAAUGCACCUCCUGACGCACCUUCAGAGCGUGGGCAACAGCACUUUCAAGUGUGAAUUCUGUGACUACACUUGCGCCAACAAGAAGCUGCUGCUGAACCACCAGCUCUCCCACACCAGUGAUCGACCCUACAAGUGCGAGCACUGUAAAUACACUACCUCCAAAGAGGACUUCCUCGUGUCCCACCUGGCUAUUAAACAUACAGGAGACAAGCCCUUUGCCUGCACUAUGUGUCACUUUGGGACCAAACAUCGCAAAAAUCUGCGGCUCCACGUGCAGUGUCGCCAUCCGGAAGCUUUCGAGGAGUGGUCUAUCGCUCACCCGGCAACUGAGACCAAGCCACGUCGCAAGCCUUUUUAUGCCCUGCAGCACGUAGAGGAGCAAAAAGAGCAAGACGAGGGCGGAGCUCAAGUUGUGCCAAACGGCAUUGUUUCAGUGGACCCUGCAGCUCUUGAAGCUAUUCAGGGGAUGGGAAAUGCGUCGGUAUCCCAGGAUGCACUGGGAAACACCACCAUCAUCUAUGAACAUGCUGAAUCUGGUGAGCUCUCUGCCCAGAAUGCCCUGAGCCUGCUGCUAAAUAUGAGCAACGCCCGGGAACUGGUCGGAGACGCCUUACAAGUGACGGUGCUCAAGGCCGAUGGCAGCACAGAUGUCAAAGCUCUCGAGAAAGAAACGUGGAGCGCUAUUUCGGCGGCAUCGGGUCAGGCCCACAAGGUCGUCACAGUCCACGUGUCUGAGAACGGUGACACCGUUUUGCAGGAGGCCUAUGAGGCAGAGACGGAAGAAAUUGCUCAGAUCGCCAUGGAAACCUACACGGAUGAAGGGGAGUUCAAUGUGGUGGAGCAGGUGACCGAAGAAGUCCAAAGCUCCGAGUGCAGUAAUGAGAACACCGAUCAGGUUCAGGAAUCCGAGGAACAGAGCCUGAAGAGUGACAAGUUCUACCUAGCUUCUGGUUUGCCUGAGGGUGUUUUGCAGGUGGAGCUCAGCAGCGAAGCGCCCUCAUCUCCUUCCGCGACGAGCUCACCCUGUGUCAGCGGCAAGAGGUUCUCCUGUCGCAUAUGCACGGAGUCUUUCCACUGCCGCUCGGACAUGGAAAAUCACAAGCGGGCGCACGUGGAUACCAACACCUUCAGGUGCCACGACUGUGACUUCACCUCAAGCUCCUGGCCCGAGGUUAAGGCUCACAUGGAGCUGCACUCGUACUUGCGACCUCACAAGUGCCUCAACUGCAGCUUUGCCUCCAAGAACAGGAAGGACCUGCGCAGACACCUGCUGACACACACCAACGAAAAACCAUUUUCUUGCACACUUUGUGGACAGAGUUUCAAUCGCAAUGGCCACCUCAAGUUCCACAAGGAGCGUGUCCACAACCAGAAACAGACCACCACGCGCAAAAGCCGGGGUGCCGCGUCCCAGCAGACCAUCGUAGUCAAUGGCGACGAGGAGGCGCUGGCCACGCUGCAGUCCUUGCAUGCCCACCAGGCAGUCAUCAGCACAGAUCAGCUGCAGGCUCUGGGUCAAGAGCACAUCAUCGUGGCCCAAGAUCAGUCCCUAACUGACCAGGAGGAGACCACAUACAUCCAGCAGAUCACAACCAUUGACGGACAGACGGUCCAGCACCUCAUGACUGGAGACAAUCAGGUCACCGAGGUGCAGUACAUCAUCUCCCAGGAUGGCGUGCAGCACUUAAUCCCGCAGGAGUACGUCGUGCUAGCAGAAGGCAAUCACAUCCAGAUACCAGAUGGACAGAUCAUCCAGUACGAGCAUGAAGAAGGCUUUCUACAGGAGCAACAGAUGGCGGUCAGCAGCGACAAUCCAAUCCAGUACCUGCCCGCUGCUGCCUCAGAACAGCAGGCUCUAGAGACCGCCGCCCACUCUGCUGUCACAGCAGUAGCCGACGCGGCAGUGAUAGCGGAGGCGCAGGUUCAGGAGGUUUACACGACGGAAGCUACGCCUGAGCAGAUGGCGCAACUUCAGCAGGAGCAGGAGCAGCAGCCGCAGCAGCAGCAGCAGCAGCAGCAGCAGCAGCAGCAGCAGCAGGGCGUCCACUAUGACAUUAUCGCUUUCACUGUAGAGUAGAUCUGCCGUGCCACCUAUCUGUUUGUUCAUGCAGUUUGUCUGCAUUUUUUGAGCGCCGCAUUGUUGCCCUAAGGAUUUGGAAGGUAUACAGGGCAGUUUAUGAAUGUCUUUUUGGGAGAGAAAAGUGUCUUGUCUAUUUAAGUUUAUUCAUUUUUAGAAUGCCAAAAAGAUGUUAAUAGAAAAUGUUGUACAUAGCUUUGACUUUUGUUUUUGUUUUUUUUCUUCUGGUGAAUCUCAAGUUUUAAAUAAGAUACAUGCUAACACCAAAAAAAAAAAAAAAAAAAUCUUAGUUUAUAUAUGUAACAUCUAUUUGAGAAACAGUUCUGGGGGGAAAAAAAUAAGACCAAAAUAAACACUGGACAUUUUGAUCUUUUAAUCAUGUUUCAUUUUUUUCAUUUUCUACAAAUAACAUUCAUAUUUAAAUUUGGAGAAUUAUGUUAAUGGUUUGUAAUUAAAAAUAGUAAAAUCAGAGAAACGGAUCAUUUUAUAGUUGUCUAUUAUAGUUUCUUCACAGAGCUGUACAUUUUCUUUUUCAUUGUCAUUUUUUUCUGAUAAACUGAUUUAAUCAAUUGCAAUCUAUUGCUAUGAUUGGGCAAUUAUAAGUAUUUAAUAAGCUCUGUACAGUAUCGUAGUCUACCGUAUAACAAUGUGGUAGCUACUAAUGAAAUAAAAGAACCGUUUUAAGCAAGAUGAAUAAAAAGUUCCCAGAUGUUUACUAAAAACUGUGACAUUCUUUAGUCAAAAUUGAUGAAUUACAGCACACCUAAUUUGCUUUUAUGGUCCUUACAUUAGUUUUGAAGGCAUCAUGGACAUGUAUUGGAGAGCCGCUCGCCACAUUGGGGUCACGUCUCGCCAUAAAUUCUUAUUUCAAGCACUGACAUUUUCGUUCUCCUUAAGAUUAGAUGUAUUAAAAAAGGUUGAUAUCGCCUA